AUGAAGUAUCUACCAGUACAAGACUUCGAGGCGGUGACGAGCACGCUCAACUUCAAUACCCCCGACUGCAAUGUGACAGGUGGUUGCGAUCUCUACACGACGAAAGCAUCAGGUUCCGACAAGAAACUUUAUAAAAACAUCGAUAACGACCUCAACUCCCAACAUGAAGCUCUCCUAAAACUAGGCGCUAGCCUCUCACCACCUGAACGCGCUCACAUGCUGGCCACAUCACCAAGCAUGCAAAUGUUCUCGCACUCGAGCGCUUUUGGCCCGCUGUCCGAACUCUCAAGUCGCAAGACGUUUGCAUACCUCAUUGCGACGUUAAACGCAAGUCACCCGCACUACGACUUUUCCCACGUACUCCGACCCAACGAUUUCAAACGUGAGCGAAACCUGCGUCGCGUCAUGAUCAACCUCGAUUCCAUUCUACAGAACGUGAGGCCGAAUUUCGAGCCUAAAUCCUUAGGGUCAUCAUUAGGUAGCGAGACAACUUCAAUCUGGGGCCCCCAGUGCUGGUCGUUGAUCGACAAGGAGAUGCACCUGAAUGAGUGUACUAUCUUCAGUUAUCACCCUGACAGCGACCCUUUUGAGGAAGAUGAGAGUGCAAUCUGGGCAUCGCAUUACUUUUUCUUCAACCGUACACUGAAGCGAGUCGCCUAUCUCUAUGUUCGCGUUGUGCCAGUCAUUUCAUCUCACAGCCCAACUCUCCGGCCCACAAAUCUUGCAAGGAACCACAGCAACCAACAGCUUGAGUCAGCUGGUGCACAAAAACGCGCCAACUACUGGCUUGGUGACCAAAAUGCGCAGUUGGUCCCAUUCGAAGAUGAUGAGGAGCUCGACGAUGGCCUCUUCUGGAACCGUGGAGAAAACGGAGAUCUUGUCGCCUACUCAGAUGACGAGUUCGAAGAUGAUAUCGACGACAUGGACAUUGACAGGAGUCCUGAUAGAUUCAUGAGCGAAGAUGUUGCAGGCCGUAUGGAGAUAUGA